AUGUCGGACGACAGCGACCCAUUAGUCAUUGCCUCAAGUGGCGAUCUCAUCCUCGAUGUGGCCCACGAGGAGAACAGCCAACGUUUCUCAUAUCGCGUGGACUCGAAGAUACUCCAGCAGAACUCGCGCUACUUUGAGAACUUGCUUAGUGAACGGUUCAGCGAGGGACAGCGGCUGUCGGCAGCACUGGAAGCAUUGAAGUUGGGCGGACAUUCUGACAUCACAGAUGCGCCUGCAGAGGUGCUCCCCCACGUAACCAUUAUCCACGUCGGGAGGAUCGCAAUCUCGAAAGCCUCCUCAAUACAACCCCUCAUCGCGGACUUCCUCCGCGCGAUCCAUGGCCUCGACCUCCCCGUAGCCUAUCCACCCGUGGCCAACCUUGCCAAUCUCGCCGUCGUAGCCGACCGCUUCGAUGCGGUCGCGUGCCUCUCCAAGUACGUGCAGAGGAGGAAAUACUUGAACCUGAACGAUGCGAAGUCAAAGGGCAAGUCGAGUCCGGCUCUCACAGAGGAGAGGGUACGGCAGAAGCUCUUGAUUGGGCUGCUGUUUGACCAUCCUUCGUGGGUGACCAAGUACUCGAAGCACCUUAUAAUGCGCGAUUCGGGACAAUGGAGGCCCGGGGUCGAAGAGGAUCACACCAAAGCUUUGUGGUGGGACAUACCGAAUGGGGUCGAGGACGAGAUGAUCCAGCGGCGCGAGUACAUACUAGAGACCAUCAAUUCUCUACAGGCACACUUUCUCAAGCUAUAUACGUCAGGCGAACGGCAGUGCAAACUUGGCUACGACACGUCGCUGCAGUGCGACUCGUUCCAGCUUGGAGAGAUGAUUCGGUUCUUCACCAAGAUUGACACGCUGCGUAUGCAGGGCAAGAUCUACGAUAACACGGAGCCUACAUACUAUCUUGGCGAUAUCGACCGUCUGCUCAUGUCCCUUCGGCAAAGCUCCAACUACCAAGUCGACAGCAAUCAUUCGCAUUGCGGCUUGCGAUCACGUUUUUUGCCUCUCGUCGACCAAAUACAGAAUCAGCUCAGCCUCGAUACUGGAAGUCUGGACAUUGGCAUUUGUGCGGACUGUUGGACCCACCACCGACCAGAGUAUGCCUGGUAUAUGGCGAAGCGACCGGUCCUGUGGACUAGUCGAACGCUAGGGAACGGCUGUCUGCGAAAAGGCCACCAGCGGACGCCGAGCAGCUGCCUGAGUAAGCACCUUGCAGUGAGGGAUUUGUUCAUGGCUGUAGAGAAGAAUUGGACAGCCAGGGACAUCUAUUGA